ACACAAUUGAUUUACAAAUAAAUCAUAACAAUAUGGCAGUGAAGUCUACAAUAGCAAACGACGUGAGUGAGUUGAUUGGUAACACCCCAUUGGUAUAUCUCAAUAAUGUCGUGGAUGAUUGCGUUGCUCGUAUUGCUGCCAAAUUGGAAACCAUGGAACCCUGCUCUAGUGUCAAAGACAGGAUUGGUUAUAGUAUGAUUGUCGAUGCAGAGGCCAAGGGCCUCAUCACACCUGGACAGAGUGUCUUAAUUGAACCAACGAGUGGCAACACUGGCAUUGGAUUAGCCUUUAUGGCAGCAACUAAGGGCUACAAGCUUAUCAUUGCAAUGCCUGCUUCGAUGAGUAUCGAAAGAAGAACUAUUCUCCGAGCUUUCGGGGCUGAAUUGGUUCUUACUGAUCCUGCAAAGGGCAUGAGAGGAGCUGUUGCAAAGGCUGAAGAGUUAUUGGCCAAGACUCCUAAUGCCUAUAUGCUUCAGCAGUUUGAAAACCCUGCCAACCCAAAGGUACACUAUGAAACUACUGGACCAGAGAUUUGGAGAGGUACAGGAGAGAAAGUAGAUGCUCUAAUUGCUGGGAUUGGUACUGGUGGUACAAUAACAGGUGCAGGAAAGUUUCUUAAAGAGAAAAAUCCCAACAUAAAGCUUUAUGGAGUUGAACCACUCGAAAGUCCUGUUCUAUCUGGUGGGAAUCCUGGUCCACACAAGAUCCAAGGAAUGGGGGUUGGUUUUAUUCCUCGUGUUCUAGAACUCAAUCUUAUGGAUGAAAUAAUUCAAAUAUCAAGCGAGGAAGCGAUUGAAACUGCAAAGCUUAUUGCACUGAAAGAAGGUUUACUGGUAGGAAUAUCAUCAGGGGCCACAGCUGCGGCUGCAAUUAAGAUAGCAAAGAGGCCAGAAAACGCAGGGAAACUCAUUGUUGUCAUUUUUGCUAGCUUCGGAGAAAGAUACCUGUCUUCAGUACUGUUUGAUUCGGUCAAACGGGAAGCCGAAAGCCUGACUUAUGAGCCCUGAACUGAGUGGUGAAUUUAACUGUCUCAUUAAUAAUGAGUGAAUGUUCAGUUAUAAUCAGAGGAAGAAAAGAAAGAUGAAGGAUAAAGCGAGACAGAAAAAUAAUUAGAUGUACAAUAAGAGAUGCAGGAUCUCCCUUAGAACUAAAAAAUAAAGAUUUUCACUUUCUAUUUUUGGCUGUAAUUGAAAGAUGAUCAAUUUCUUAUGCAUGAUAUAAUAUUAUUCUCAAUUUAUGA